AUGGCUCCUCUUCCCAUUCAGUUCCAGGAGCUGGUCUCGCUCACGGCUCUGGAAAUCAACUCUGCUAGCAUUGGCUUCAACACAUGCACGCUCGAAAGCGAUAAAUACAUCUGUGUCCGAGAGAAAGUGGGCGAAACUGAUGGCGCCCAGCUGGUGAUUAUUGAUCUCCAUAACAAUAACAAUGUAUCGAGACGGACGAUCAAAGCAGAUAGUGCUAUCAUGCACUGGAGCCGCGAAAUCAUCGCCCUCAAGGCACAGCGAACCCUUCAAGUCUUUAAUCUGGGAGCUAAGGAAAAGCUGAAAUCCCAUGCUAUGCAUGAGGAUGUUGUUUUCUGGAAGUGGAUCAGUGAAAGAUGUAUAGGUUUGGUCACUGAUACCUCGGUUUAUCACUGGGAUAUCAUGGACCCUACUCAGGCAGCUCCUGUCAAGAUGUUCGAUAGGAAUUCUAAUUUGGCGAACUGCCAAAUCAUUAACUAUCGCGUCAACUCGGAAGAGAAGUGGAUGGUUGUCGUUGGUAUCUCCCAACAAGAAGGACGGGUUGUCGGCAGCAUGCAGUUAUAUUCUAAGGAACGGGCUAUUAGUCAGGCUAUUGAAGGACACGCUGCUGCAUUUGCCAACCUGAGACUCGAUGGUGGGGCUUCCGAUACCAAACUGUUCACUUUUGCAGUCCGAACUGCUACUGGCGCCAAGCUACACGUCGUCGAAAUCGACCACCAAACCGGUAACCCAGCAUUCCAGAAGAAAGCCGUUGAUGUCUACUUCCCAGCCGAAGCCGUCAACGACUUCCCUGUCGCUAUGCAAGUCUCGGAAAGAUUCAGUAUAAUUUACCUGAUCACCAAGUACGGGUUCAUCCACCUCUACGACCUCGAAACUGGCACUUGCAUCUUCAUGAACCGAAUUUCUACCGAGACUAUCUUCAUCACUUCACCCCACGAUCAAACAUCUGGUAUCCUUGGUGUUAACCGUAAGGGUCAGGUUUUGCUUGUUAGCGUCGAUGAAAGCAACAUCAUCCCUUACCUUCAACAAAAUCCUGCGAAUGGUGCAUUGGCCAUGAAGCUGGCUUCCAGAGCUGGUCUCGCUGGUGCCGACGAUUUGUACCAGGAUCAGUUUGAGCAACUCAUGAGAACUCAAAGCUACGUCGAAGCUGCUAGGGUCGCCGCUAACUCACCCCGAGGUUUCUUGCGAACUCCACAAACGAUUGAACGCUUCAAGAACUUGCCUAACCCUCAAGGCCAGCUCUCAGUCAUUCUGCAGUACUUCGGAAUGCUACUUGACAAAGGCGGUUUGAACAAGUACGAAUCACUCGAGUUGGUCCGCCCUGUCCUUGCCCAGAACCGUAAGCAUCUUCUGGAGAAGUGGUUGAAGGAGAACAAGCUCGAGUGUUCGGAAGAACUAGGUGAUAUUGUUAGGACCCAGGAUCUCAACUUAGCCCUCGGUAUUUACCAGAAGGCCAAUGUACCCCAAAAGGUUAUUGCUUGUCUCGCGGAAACCGGCCAGUUCGAAAAGAUCGUUCCAUACUCACAGCACACUGGAUACCAACCUGACUACACCGCUCUUCUCUCUCACAUUGUUAGAAUCAACCCUGAGAAGGGAGCCGAGUUCGCAACCCAGCUUGCUAAUGUCGAGGGGGGCUCGCUUAUCGAUAUUGAACGUGUCGUUGACGUCUUCCUUUCCCAGAAUAUGAUCCAACAAGCGACAGCUUUCUUGUUGGACGCUUUGAAGGAAAACAAGGAAGAGCAAGGACAUCUCCAAACCCGUCUCCUUGAGGUUAACUUGAUCAAUGCUCCUCAGGUGGCUGACGCUAUUCUCGGUAACGAGAUGUUUUCGUACUACGACAAGCAAAAAAUUGCUACCUUGUGCGAAAACGCCGGCCUUUUGCAGCGAGCUCUGGAGCAUUACGAGGAUAUUGGAUCUAUCAAGCGGGUCGUCGUGAAUACUAACCAACUUAACCAGGAAUGGCUUGUCACUUACUUUGGACGACUCUCAGUUGACCAAUCCUUCGAAUGUCUCACUGAAAUGUUGAGAUUCAAUAUUCGCCAAAACCUUCAGGUUGUCGUCCUCGUUGCUACCAAAUACUCCGAACUCCUUGGAGCCCAGCGUCUUAUCGAACUAUUCGAGAAGUUCAAGACUUUUGAGGGUCUCUACCACUUCCUUGGAAGUAUCGUCAAUGUCAGCAAUGACUCUGAGGUCCACUUCAAGUACAUCCAGGCUGCUACCAAGUGCGGGCAAUUCACAGAGGUCGAGCGUAUUUGUCGUGAUAGCAAUGCUUACAAUCCCGAAAAGGUCAAGAAUUUCUUGAAGGAGUCUCGCCUUCCAGAAAUGUUGCCUUUGAUCAUUGUCUGCGACAGAUUCAACUUUAUUCACGAUUUGGUCCUCUACCUUUACCAGAACCAGCAGUUCAAGUCGAUUGAGGUUUACGUCCAAAGGGUCAACCCCGCCAGAACCCCAGCUGUCAUUGGUGGCUUGUUGGAUGUUGACUGCGAAGAGUCCAUUAUCAAGAGCCUUCUUCAAUCUGUCAACAGCGCUGCUAUCCCAAUUGAUGAGCUCGUUGGCGAGGUUGAGAAGCGCAACCGUCUUAAACUCUUGCUUCCCUCCCUCGAGUCGACAUUGGCCUCCGGAAACCAACAACCCGCCGUCUACAACGCCUUGGCCAAGAUUUACAUCGACUCCAACAACAACCCUGAGAAGUUCUUGAAAGAAAAUGAUCAAUACGAUUCCUUGGUCGUUGGUAAAUAUUGCGAAAAGAGAGAUCCUUCGCUCGCCCUCAUCGCCUACCAAAAAGGUCAAAAUGACUUAGAGCUUAUCAAGAUCACCAACGAGAACUCCAUGUUCAAGCCACAGGCUCGGUACCUCGUCAAGCGUGCCGAUGUUGAGCUGUGGAACUUCGUUUUGAGCGCCAACAACCUCCAUAGGAGAUCCUUGAUCGACCAAGUUAUUGCCACCGCUGUUCCAGAAUCUCAGUCCCCCGAGGAUGUCUCUGUUGCCGUGCAGGCCUUCCUGUCAAAUGAUUUGCCGGUUGAGCUUAUUGAGCUUUUGGAAAAGAUUAUACUGGAACCUUCUCCCUUCAGCGAUAAUAACAAUCUUCAAAACUUGCUCAUCCUCACAGCUGUCAAGGCUGAUAAGUCCCGAGUUGCUGAUUACAUUGGCCGCUUGACUAACUACGACGGCGCGGAAAUCGCCCAUAUCUGUAUUGACAAUGGAUUGUACGAGGAAGCAUUUGAGGUUUACAAGAAGAGCGGCGACCAUGUUAAGGCUUCGGAAGUCCUUAUCGAGAACGUCGUCAGCAUCGAUCGCGCCUUCUCCUAUGCAGAGAAGGUUGACUUGCCAGAGGUCUGGAGUCGUCUCGCCAAAGCUCAACUUGAUGGUCUCAGAAUUUCCGACUCUAUCGACUCGUACAUCCGUGCCAAUGACCCAAGCAACUACGCCGAGGUUAUCGAGAUCGCUACCAGAGCCGGAAAACACGACGAGCUCAUCAAAUUCUUGCAGAUGGCCAGAAAGCCGUUGCGUGAGCCUUUGAUUGAUAGCACCUUGCUCUUGUCGUUUGCCCGUACUGAAAGAUUGCCCGACCUCGAAGACUUCCUCCAGACGACCAACGUUGCAGAUGUCGAGGACUGUGGUGACAAAGCUUACGAAGAGGGUCUCCACCAAGCCGCCAAGAUUUUCUUCACCAGCGUUUCCAACUGGGCUAAGUUGGCCACUACCUUGGUCUACCUCGAGGAAUACCAGAAUGCCGUCGAAUGCGCGCGCAAGGCGAACAGCACCAAGGUCUGGAAACAAGUCAACGAAGCAUGUGUUUCCAAGAAGGAGUUCCGUCUCGCUCAAAUUUGCGGUCUCAACCUCAUUGUCCAUGCCGAGGAAUUGCAGGACCUUGUCCGACAAUACGAGUACAAUGGUUACUUCGAUGAGCUCAUUAGCUUGCUCGAAGCUGGUCUUGGUCUCGAGCGUGCCCACAUGGGAAUGUUCACUGAAUUGGGUAUUGCAUUGUCCAAGUACCACCCAGAGCGCGUUAUGGAGCACCUCAAGCUCUUCUGGUCUCGUAUCAACAUCCCGAAGAUGAUCCGUGCCUGCGAACAGGCCCACCUCUGGCCAGAGCUCGUUUUCUUGUACUGCCAUUACGACGAAUGGGACAAUGCUGCUCUUGCUAUGAUGGAAAGGGCUUCCGAUGCUUGGGAACAUCACUCCUUCAAGGACGUUAUCGUCAAGGUCGCCAACUUGGAAAUCUACUACAGGGCCCUCAACUUCUACCUUCAGGAACAACCGUCGCUUCUCACUGAUCUCCUCACUGCUUUGACUGCCCGUGUCGAUGUUUCGAGAGUUGUCCGCAUGUUCGAGAAGUCCGACAACAUCCCACUCAUCAAGCCUUUCCUGAUUGCCGUUCAGGGCCAGAACAACAAGGUCGUCAACGCUGCUAUCCACGAGCUUCUCAUCGAAGAGGAAGAUUACAAAACCUUGCGCGACUCUGUUGAAAACUACGAUAAUUACGACCCUGUUGAACUCGCCCAACGUCUUGAAAAGCACGAUCUUGUUUUCUUCCGUCAAAUCGCCGCCACAAUCUACAGGAAACACAAGAGAUGGCAAUUGUCGAUUGCUUUGUCCAAGCAAGAUCGUUUGUUCAAGGAUGCUAUCGAAACCGCCGCUGUUUCCGGUAACGCAGAAGUUGUUGAGGAACUUCUCCGAUACUUCGUUGAUAUUGGAAGCCGCGAAUGCUAUGUUGCCAUGCUUUACGCUUGUUACGAUUUGAUACCCGUUGAUAUGGUUAUGGAAAUCUCAUGGCGUUAUGGACUUAAUGACUACACAAUGCCCUUCAUGAUCACCCAUAUGCGCCAGCAAACCGCUAAGAUCGUUCAGCUGGAAAAGGACAAUGAGGACCGUAAGGCAAAGGAAGUUACGCAACAACAGACUGAGGACAAUACUCCAAUCCUUGGAACCCGAUUGAUGUUGACUGCUGGGCCGAGUGGUAGUGCGUCUCCCGGACCAUAUGCCAACGGUAUCCAGAAUCAGGCGACUGGUUAUCGUGGAUUCUAA